CUAGUUUUUGUGCUCUUUCUACGCGUGAGUCGAGGUUUUAGAAAUUAGUUAGCAUAUAUCGAUGCAAAGCAGAUACAAUUUAAGCCAGUGUUGACUUUAUGUCUGCCAAAUAGCAUCACUUUAUUUAAGUCGAUCUUCAACCAAUAUACAAAAAAAUGCGACUAUUCAAACAGAACAGCACAUGAUGAGGCAUGUAAACAAGGACAGCUGCUAUCAAGAAGAGCCCCUGAUGGCCUCAUCAUGAUCAUGAAUGAAGAUGGCAGUAGCGAACCCUUAUCUCAGUCUAAUGAAACCCUGUCGGGGCCAGUCACCAUCACUACAAACUGCGAGACGGAGCCCGUUGAAACAACCUGUGCUCCAGUCAACAACCCAAUCGCGAUCAGGCUCCAAACCACUAACCUAAACCCAGAGAAAACGAUCAAUGAUUCACACCCUAAUGCUGUUUCUCCCACAAACGCUAUGGUGGACCCUGGUUUAGACACAUGCAAAGAGACAAAUCCCAUUGAAUCCAGGAGUCCGCUUACUGGAAAGGAUGACGAGGAGUUAUGCCAGCCUUCUAACAUCCCACUAGGUUGGCUGAGGGUGGUGAGGCAGAGGAAAAGUGGGAAGACUGCAGGCAAAAUUGACAUAUACAUAACAAGUCCCCAGGGACAGAAGUUCCGGUCCAGAGCAUCUCUUCAAGCGUUCCUCCUCAAAGAUGGAGCAGGGGAUCUACAGAUAGAUGACUUUGACUUCACCACAGCCAGACAUGGCAGUUUAGCUGUCACCCCACUACCCAGCCAGGAGAGUCAGUUGAUGUCUCACCAGAAACACACUUAUCACAUUUCAGAAACCAGUGUCAAAGUUGACAGGCAGGACACAGGAGAGAAUAUGGGCAACGCCGGCAGAAUAUUAGGCCUGCCUCCAAAUAAUCCGAAAAGGUCCUCUUCUGCCAAAUUCUGCAAACAGAGAACCAGGUCCAGAGAGAAAGAAGCGAUAUCCACUCAGCUAACACCUGACAAGACUCUCUUGGCAACGGGUCAUCACAGAAAGGUAGCUGACAAAAACACAGAAACGGACCUCCCAUCAAACACAAAUGAGGACAUCAAAAAGGGAGACAUACAAGCCCCUGUAAAAAGGGAUGUUGAUGAUGAUGACGACGACAAAGAGAGAUGCCUGGAGGUCACGGCACUGGUGGCUGAUAAUGUCAUACUAGAGAAGAGCCCCCAUAGGAGGCCGGGGCUGCUCAGAGAGAAGCUACUCAGGCUGGCCCCGCCCACUACGUUACAAGACAGUAUAGGCCCCAUAGAGCAGCUUCCUGUUUCACUGUUACUCAUCCCACCCAUUAGGGGGCAGUCUGAUUCUAAGAGCAUGGGGAAGCCUGGGGGGGAGGAAGUGGAGGAGGGAAAUGGUGUGUGGGUGACUGAGGAAGAGGGAGAGGAAGAAGAGCUGCCAUCGUCUCCUCAGAAUUCUGGAGUUUGUUGUUCACCACUGAAAAGUUCCCAGAAACCUAUAGGAGACAAACGGAAGACCAGUCCUUACUUUAGUAGAAAGUCAAUGAGAGAAGGUCUCAGCCCCCCAAGGAGGAAAGCCUUCCGAAAGUGGACGCCACCUCGUUCCCCCUUCCAUCUUGUGCAGGAAACCUUGUUCCAUGACCCCUGGAAGCUCUUAGUGGCCACCAUCUUCCUCAACAAGACCAGCGGUAAGAUGGCCAUCCCGGUGCUGUGGCAGUUCUUUGAGCGUUACCCGUCAGCGGAGGAGACACGGCUGGCUGAGUGGAAGCCCCUGUCUGAGCUGCUGAAGCCUCUGGGCCUCUAUGAACUCCGAGCCAAAAUCAUCAUCAGGUUCUCCGACGAAUACCUGACCAAGGAGUGGCGUUACCCUAUAGAACUGCAUGGGAUUGGGAAGUAUGGCAACGACUCCUACCGGAUCUUCUGUGUAGAGGAGUGGACACAGGUGGAACCCCAAGACCACAAGCUGAACAAAUACCAUGCUUGGCUGUGGGAGAACCGUGAGAGCUUGGGAAUCUGAACUAGAUCGACAUCAUGACACAUUUGACCACAACCUGUUCAGUUUCACUGAUCUUCUUGUUCUUAACCUGACAAACUGGUAACCUCGGCCGGGUCUCUAGCUUCUAUUCCCUGUACCAUGUCUUUGGCCUGCCAGGGAUUGGAAAGUUAGCUACAGAGGCUGAUACUCAGACUAGCUUACCAAUAUUUUCUUGGGAAAUUAUUCAAUGACCUCCCUUAAGUAACAUUACAUUUUGAUAAUUAAAUAACAACUGUUAUCUCUGUCUUUUUAUUUCUGUGUUUAAUAAAAAUAUGUACUUAACACUUUUGUAUAUAAUAAAAAAAAAUCAUCAUGUUCUUUAAGGCAUGUGACUAAUUUCCUUUCAAAUGGACUAGAUUCCUCCAAAACUGCAACAAUAAACCGUGAGCCCUUUUU